AUGAAUCAUAUACCUUCUGCCUCCGGAAGGCUACGAACCGAUCUUGCACGCGCAUUGGGCUUCCCCAACAAUCCAUACGAUGCCGCCGCCGAACCGUACGUCAACUACCUUACAAACCGAUGCAUUGGUGGUGAUACAAUGGAGGAGCAUAUAAAGCUACUCAUCACGGUAGUCACAUACUUUCAAGAAGUCCAAGCAGACUCUUCUAUGAAGAAGAGUGUUCAGGGGUUGUUAGAUGUCGUAUCUUCAUCCGCCGCUUAUGCACACCAGAACCUCGAAGACGUUGAGGAUACCUUGUUGUACAUUAUUGGGACCUGGUCGUUGCUUUUGAGCUCGUUCAUUCAUCUGCCGACGGCUGGUGGCCUUCGCAAGAUUAUGGCUACCUACAAUCUGCGAACUCAUGGUAGCCCUUACGGAAUCCAGCCGUACGGAGAAGACUUGGCUGGGUUAGUAGCGGGCAGUGGCCUGCUGCCAACUGCUAUCCAUUGUCUGCCUUCAAACCACAAAGUAUACAAACAGGCACCGUUGCAGGAUGCUACGGCGCUUUCACCCUUCCUCCAACUCUCGUCGGCGUCAUCCUCGACCAACCACGUCGACAUCACGGGGUCUAUCUCUGUUUCGAAUGACGGCGACCUACAGAGACGCGUAUCGUUAGGCUUUCUGCAUGAUUUGGAUUCUCUAGAAUCGCUUACGAUAAACGCGACGCGGCUUAACGCCUAUACAUUGAACACCUUCGGAGCAGUCGAUAUCGCAUGGACCCACAAUGUUUCCAGGCACCUACUACUAUCGAAACGUGACGGGCGGCACAUCCUUGAGAUCUUCAGCUUGCCAUGUGCACUUAACGCUACCUCUCUACAGCUUGUCGGCAUCACCACUGAGCUUGCUCAAGAGAUUAGAGAAACCUACAGCUUGUUGUUCAACGCUUCACACGAUACUCCUAGACAUACAAAGUUUGGAAGAGUCUUGGGUAUCGGAUCGUUUUGCUGGUGUUGUUUUUGCUCGAUGCGACGAUACCGUAGUCGUGCUAUCAUGAGUUACAACACAUUCAGCCAACACCGGACGCUGGGCGUAAAGAGGGCUCAACGAACACACAAAACCGAGUAUGACCCUUUGCUGGUCAAACUGAUGAGCAGUGAGCCGUCGGACUGGACACCGGAUAUGUUUCCACACCUGUGGGCUCGUAUCGUGAUUUUGGGGGAGCACCUCGAGAGAGCCAAACCUUGGAGCGUGUGGGUCCUGUUCCGUGAUCGCAGAGACACCUUACAAUUUUGGACGUUCUUCUUUGCUACGAUUGUAGUUUUCUUGACGGCGGUUCAGGUCUUGCUUAGUGUCGCACAAGUCGUGGGCAACCUUCAGUUCGUCAUUGAACAGGACAUAUCCAUCACAAUUGAGUCAGAUAGGGAUGGUUGGACAGCAAUCUUGUGGACGGACGUAGGAAGCAGAGAUCUCUCCAAAAGCCAUGAAUAUCAUCACUUCAUCGAGCAUAUGACAGCCAAGACGGAGACAGGGCACCGAGAUAUCUGCUUAUUGCCUGUGAAAGUACUAGGGAUGGAGUCAGCGAUCAAACACACUUCGCUCUUCCAAACAGCGUCUCAUCUACCUUCGGAGCUGCAUAUCAUGCUUGAUGAUCAUGCAAUCGCCGAUCGAGACGCACUAUACGCUCUCACACCCGUAUUCCUCUUCGCAGCUGCCUCAGAAAACCAACUACUGUCCGCUCUUCAAAGAUGGUACGACAUUAUUGUAUCGACCAAGUGGGAUCCAAAGUACUCGACCGAACAUCUGGAACAGCUAAUACUGCACAAAUAUCUUUUGGAUGACCAUGCCAAUCGCCAAGAAGAGGUCCUACGGUUCAUCAAGUCGCCCGUACUAGCUCGAUGGGCAAAUAGUCUUGCACAAGACCAGAGUGUUGUAGCUCAGGAGUCCAAUGAUGCACACAAAGCUGACUAUGAAUUUCUUCUGUCGCGAUAUCGCCAGCUCUCGCUACACUACCAGGAAGCUAUAUCGGUACUAGUCAGCGCUAUUUCGCUCCCAGGAUCGCGGAAGCAAAUCACAAUCGCUGCGAAAGACACGAAGCUCACUAUACUUGCGACUAUCUUCUUCCCACUCUCUUACUGCACUUGGAUAUUUGGCAUGAACUUUGUUGAGUUGCAGCAGCUGAGUAUAUGGAUCUGGGUCAUUAUCAUGGUAUCUGUUGGGCUUGCUACCUUUGCUUUGUAUCAGUGGAAUGAGAGGAAACAAUUGUGGGAGUUCUGGGCUAUCGUGGACGCCAAAGUUUGA